CGGGAGGAGGAGGCGGGUCGGUCGGUGCUGAGGAGCCGCAGCUGAGCGGCUGGGAUGCCCGGCCGCUUCGAGCUGCGUCAACAUCGGCCUCGCUCCUCGGAAAAGCCCCGCGAACCCCGAGUUUACAGCCUUCUGUACACGGGGUUUGCUUCUCCUUCAGCGGGGAGCGAUAGGACAGCUGUUCGCCUGGUUGGCUAAGCCAGCGGCUGCCGGGAUGCAGGUGGCCGAGCGCCGGGGCGUCGAGCCCGGACCCAGACCUGCGCGGCCGGCCGCUGCCUGCGGUUCGGUCUCCGGCUCCGGCUCGGAGAACGGAGAGAAGAGGAAGAACAGGCGGAGGCGGCGAAGAGGAGGGAGACGGCGGGGAAAGAAAACCAACGAGCCGCCGCCGUUUCUACCCCCGGAGGCAGAGGAGGGGAACAUCGAGUAUAAGUUGAAGCUGGUGAACCCGACGCAGUACAGGUUCGAGCACCUGGCUACUCAGCUGAAGUGGCGUCUGCAGGAGGGCCGCGGGGAGGCCGUCUAUCAGAUCGGGGUGGAGGACAACGGCCUGAUGGUGGGACUCACCGAGGAGGACAUGAAGGCUUCUCUGAAGACCCUGCGCAGGAUGGCUGAGAAGGUCGGCGCUGACAUCACACUCCUGAGAGAGAGGGAGGUGGACUACGAGUCGGACAGAUCCCGCCGGAAAAUCGCGGAAGUUCUCGUGCGGAAAGUUCCCGAUGACCAGCAGUUUCUGGACCUGCGCGUGGCCGUGUUGGGGAACGUGGACUCGGGGAAGUCCACUCUGCUGGGUGUUCUGACCCAGGGCGAGCUGGAUAACGGGCGAGGCCGGGCGAGGCUCAACCUGUUCAGGCAUCUACACGAGAUCCAGACGGGCCGCACCUCCAGCAUCAGCUUCGAAAUCCUCGGCUUCAACAGCAAAGGGGAGGUGGUGAAUUACAGCGAGUCCCGCACAGCCGAGGAAAUCUGCGAGAGUUCAUCCAAGAUGAUCACCUUUAUCGACUUGGCCGGUCACUAUAAGUACCUGAAGACCACCAUCUUCGGCCUGACCAGCUACUGCCCCGAUUUUGCCAUGCUGGUGGUGGGAGCCAACACGGGCAUCGCGGGGACCACUCGAGAGCACCUGGGUCUGGCCAUGGCGCUGAAGGUGCCCAUCUUUAUCGUGGUGAGUAAGGUGGAUCUGUGCAGCAGCGGCACGGUGGAGAAAACGGUCCGGCAGCUGGAGAGAGUCCUGAAACAGCCUGGCUGCAACAAAGUGCCCAUGCUGGUCACCAGCCCUGACGACGCCGUCACCGCCGCCCAGCAGUUCGCCCAGUCUGCCAGCAUCACUCCCAUCUUCACCAUAUCGAGCGUCUCCGGGGAGAACCUGGAUCUGCUGAAGGUUUUCUUCAACAUCCUUCCACCCCUCAGCAACAGCAAGGAGCAGGAGGAGCUGAUGCAGCAGCUGACCGAGUUCCAGGUUGAUGAGAUCUACAGUGUUCCAGAUGUGGGAACAGUGGUUGGAGGAACGCUGUACAGUGGUGUGUGUCGUGAGGGGGAUCGUCUGGUGGUGGGUCCUACAGAUGAGGGGAAGUUCCUGAGGUUGAAGGUGUGCAGCAUGCAGAGGAACCGCUCGGCCUGUCGCGUCCUCCGAGCGGGACAGGCUGCUACUCUCGCGCUGGGGAACUUCGACCGCUCGCUAUUACGCAAGGGUAUGGUGAUGGUGAGUCCAAAGAUGAACCCCACCAUUUGCUGGCAGUUUGAGGCCGCCAUCGUCCUGCUGUUUCACGCCAAGACGUUCCGGCGGGGCUUCCAGGUCACGGUGCACGUGGGGAACGUCCGGCAGACUGCCACGGUGGAGUGCCUGCUGGGCAAGGAGGAGUUGAGAACAGGUGAGAGGGCUGUGGUGUGUUUCCGCUUCAUGAAGCACCCGGAGUACCUGCGCGUCGGAGCCAAGCUGCUGUUCCGGGAGGGCGUGACCAAAGGCAUCGGUCACGUGACCCACCUGCUGCCCACGUCUCAGAACAACGGCCACGACCAGAACCACAAACCCCACCAGAACCACCAUUAGAGAAGGAGUGGGACAAGACUGUGUGUGUGAGUUAGAGAAAGAGAGAGAGAGAGAAAGAGAGAGAGAGAUUGUGUGUGUGUGUGGCCUUUUAUUUUCCUGCAGAUUAGAAAGGGGCUCUGUAUUCGCUUCAGUCACAGAUCAGAUGGCGUUUCUUAGUUAGAUUUGCCCGUCUGUUCACUAUGUGGAAAGACUGCGAGAGCAAGAAUUGAGUUUUAUAUUUUUUUGGCCAGUUUUUAUACUUUAUGCCAGGUUCACACUACAUGAUUUUAGCUCAGUUUUCAGUUCACAGUUUUCAAGUUUUUUUUUUGAGUAAAAAAAUGUGCUCUGAGAGAAAUUGGGGUUAGCUCGUGAUCAGUCACAAUCAGCCAUACCGUCUAAACUACUAAAAGACUCUUGCCUAGCAGACAUCCAGCAAAUAUUCAGCAUGUUUAACAUCCGAUCCAGUCGGCGACUGGGAGUCAAGAUCAGUGGCUACCUACAGACAAUGGGACGUAAAAGAAGAAGAGAACCAUGGGUCCAAAAAUGCAUCUUCUGCAUGAUCAGAGCUAAACAUUUAUAGAAAGUCUAAUCACUUUCUGUUUCUCUGUUAUAUCAGAAAAUUACUGUUAAACUCUAGAAGGAGCUUAUCAGUGAGUCCUCUAUGAAUGGGGUGAAUGGAGCGUAACGCUUUUCUUGAGUAUUCCUUUAAUUUUCUAAAGUAGAAUAAUGUAUUUUACAAAAAGUAAAGGAAGCAUGCCUGUAUAUUUCCUUUUAUUUAUUUUUUUUUAGUAAAGGUGCUGCAUUACUGCUGCUGCGAGUUGACGUUGGUAAUCUGAUGCUGGCUAUAUAGGCAGAACACUGAGUUUAAAACCUUAAAACAUUGCCAGCUGUACUGAAUCAUUUGAUAUAAAUCUGUGUUGAGGAAAUGAAAUGAUCAGUCAUUAAUAAGCUCUGAUUUUGCUCAGUUACUUCAUAUUAACUAAUUCAUUUUAGAGAUUCUCUGGUUUGGUAUGGCUAGUUCUCGCAUGUUUUAGUGAUAAAUAAAUGGUAUUUUAGAAAUCUACCAGGUGAGUUGACGAGUUCCCAUGUUGAAAAAUCGUGUGAUUUUUUUUAACCCAUGUCGCUGAUCAGUUGUGUAGUAUAAAAGUCACAAUAACUGAAGUAGUGUGCAGCGUGAACAGCACAAGGACUGACCACUCAAACAGUCAUGUUUAGUGUGAACCUGGCAUAAGGUAAAGCUCAUCUGCCUGCAUUAGUACAUUAGUUGCUGGUUUAUUAGUUCUACCUACAUACAUAUAUCGAUAUUCCUUAAAAACUUGAUAUAUCGCCCAACCCUUAUCUAACGUCACUCUACUCGUAGGCUAGAAAUGUGAAAAGCUCCCCAGCUUCGGUCCCACCAGGGUGAAGGGUGGCUAAACAUGUGAAUAAAUGAUAGAUUUUAUCAUACUUUUACUGUAUUUUUCACACUAUACGGCGCAACGUAUUAUAGGGCACAUUUUAAGUUCCAUUUGUUAUGAACAGGGCUGUUGCCAUGUUUCCCUUUUAAUUUAGCUAAGCUAAGUUAAGUGAACAAAACUGUAAUUCUAAAAAAAAAAAAAAAAAAACAUUUUCAGACAAGUCAGACCUGUCAAAUCAGUGCUGGAUGUUAAUCUACACAGAUUUCUCUCCUAAAAACUGUUUAUUUGGGUGAGUAAAGUGCUUCUGUUUAUUUAUAGUAAGCUUAGAUAUCCAGAUUUCCACUCAGACCAGAGCAUUAGCAUUAGCGGCUAACUGCUAAUGCCACCCACCAGCGCUACACUGAGGAACCCUGAGUCUUCUGGUAGACUACAGUCUGAUAUACUCAUCUCUGAAUGGUAAGAGAGCUAGCGCUUAGCACGGUUAGCAGCUAAUGCUAAUGCUGCUCCAGCAGUGCUAGCUGGGGUAAGAUGCAGGCUAAAGUCUGAUAAUACUCACCUCUCUACGACCGAAUGGCUAGCACUUAGCAGGUAAUGCUGAUACUGCUGUAGAACUAAAAACUGGAACUGAAAACUAAUACCUGACUGGCAGUGCUGAUUUUUGGGAAAAUUAAAGUAUUUUAAGUGCGUCUUAUAGUGUGAAAAAUACGGCAGUUCCUUUUAAACACCAGCAAUUUGACAUGCAUUGUUUUUUGUUAAUUUUAAGGCUUAUUUAAAGUUAUAAAUAUCUUUUAUUUUAUAUUGUGCUGUUAAUAAUUAUGGACGUGUAUCACCCAGCUAUAAGCAGUGGGAGCAUAUGCUGCUGCCGCAGGGGUCUUAACGAGGUUAACGAGGUUAUUCUGUGCCUGUGUGAAAUACCAGUCAUGACUUUUAGUCACUUAGUGUAUUUAAUUGAUUAUAUUCAACACAUUUCUUGCUUGUUUGUGCCAAGCAAGGCCUGUAAAAAGCAUCUAAACUGAAAACCUACAGAUAUGUGCAGUGCAAAUGUUUUAGGCAUCAAAUAAUCCAGAGUAAAUAAACCAAACAGAUCGUAUUCUUCCUCUUUAACUCAAAAUCUUUCAAUAAACAGCGAUAACGGAACUGUGUUAUAAUGCUGGUGUACGCCCGCAGCACAGCAGUGCCAAUAUUACAUGUUAUAGCACCAACCUCGAGUGUAUUACUGGUUAAAUAAUGUGAUUUAUGGGCCUAGAACCUUUGCACAGAGUAGCAUUGAGUAUCCAAUGUGUCUUUCAGGACAGGGUUAUAAAAUAUAUAAUAAAAUAGAACAUUUGUAGGAGGAAAAAACAAAUGGCAGCUGUUUUUCGGCAGGCGUCCUACGGGAUCUUGUGCAUGCCCGAGUGAAGAUGAUGUCUGUGUGUGUGUUCUGUAACUCUGCCCACUCUCCUUCUUGAGAUUAUGUGCAAUUAACCAGAGACUGAAUGUAUUAUAAAUGGGAAUUAGAUAUAGAUUUUAAGGUUUUAAGUUAAGCUUGAGCGUUGGGUUCUGUGCCCUUCGACGUGUUUAGAAGCUUAAAUCGCGUUACUGUAAUUUUCUCCGUUUUCUACGACUUCCAUCCCAGUAAUCUUCUGUCCUGCAUUCCAUGGCACAGCAUUAGGCCGCUGUACUGCAUGCUGUGCUUUAUGUAGUCUGCGUAGAAAUAAAGCUAAAUACAGGAGUGUGCAUGAGAAACUGAAUGCACUUUGCGUAUUUGGGGAAGGGUUUCUGUGGACUGUACUGUAUUACAAAUGCACUGCGUCUAGUUCACCUAAUAAAGAGAUGUU